AUGUCUACCUCCGCAAACCUCCAAGUCGCAAUCGCUGGCGUCGGCCGCAUGGGACUACGCCAUGCAGAGCAUUUUCAUAGGCUGGUCGCCGACGCGGAUCUCAUCGCUGUUAGUUCGCCCGUCCAGGCUGAGCUCGAUGCUGCCAAGGCUUUGGUCCCCCAAGUGAGGACCUAUCUCUCAUAUGAUGAGAUGCUCAGCACCGAGUCGACACUCCAGGCUGUUGUCAUUGCGAGUGCAGUAUCUGUUCAUGCAGAGCAGGCUAUCAAGGCUAUGGAGAAGGGCCUCCAUGUGCUUUGUGAGAAGCCUCUCAGUCCAAGCCCAGAGAUUUCCCAACAAGUAUUGGAUGCGUACAACAAGUCUCUCAAGAAGUACCCCAAGCAAAAGGUCAUGUGCGGCUUCUCGAGGAGAUUCGAUGCCUCCUACCGAGACGCUCACCAGAAGGUGAUGAGCGGAGACCUGGGCCGUCUGGCUGUGUUUCGAUCGCAGACAUGCGAUCUGCUAAACCCUGCAUUCUUUGCCAGCUACCUCAAGCAUGCCGCUGGCAUUUUUAUCGACACAUCUAUCCACGAUGUUGAUCUGGCUCUCUGGUUCUUGGGCCAUGACAGUGUGGUGAAGACCAUCAGCUCAGCCGGUGUCACUGCUGUUCAGCAGGACAUGCUUGACCACACCGACAGAGACAAUGCAUUGGCUAUCAUUGAGUUUUAUGACGGCAAGAUUGCCCAGAUCUACGCCUCACGCAUGAUGGCAGCCGGCCAAGAAGACACAACCGAACUCAUCUGCACAAAGGGCAAGGCGACAGUAAACGCCCAGCCGCAGACAAACCUGGUCAACGUCCACGACGUGAAUGGCAUCAGGAGACAGGUCCCUGGCGACUACUACGGUCGUUUUAAGGAGGCCUUCAUCACCGAGGCGCAAGAGUUUACCGACUGUUGUCUCCACGAUAAGGAGCUCCCAGUGAAGCUGGAAGGGGCCGUCAAGGCUGUGACCAUCUGCUGCCUGCUGCAGGAGAGUCUGAUCAGUGGAAAGAAGAUUGAGUUUGACGAGUCUGGUAGGCGGUUAACGCCUGCGACCGAUGUCAAGGGCAGUAAGUUGUAA